UUUUCCUGAAAUUUUUUCUGGAAAAUUUUCAAACAUUUGGCCAUCCCUUUCUUUUCAUUUCCUUUCUCAUCGCUCCUCUGGUCUUUCUCAUUCUAUCUCUAUCACUCACUGCACCGAAGCUCCACACUCUUUCUUCUUUUCUUUCACCCCCUCCCUUCAUCUCUGAAACUACUCUUCCACUUUUUCUCUCUUUUAAAUUUUUUUGCCUCUUUUUACCUUGACCUUUCUUCACGGUUUUUCUCUUUCCAAAGCCAUAUGUCUGAGGAUCUCUUCACUGGUGGUUGUAAUCAAGGAGAUGGUGGAGGAUCGACAAUGGUGGUUGGACAACUAUCAUGUUUCAAAGUGAAUGGAUGCGAAAUGUAAGACCUAUUGUCCACACUGUGUGCAAGUGAAGCAGCUUCUGUCCAACGUAGGAGCAAACUUUAUGUUGUUAAACUGGAUGUGGAGAGUAAUGGAGCCGGCCACGAUAUAGGAAUACUGAAUUCAUAAGGGGGCAGAUCAUAGAUUCUUGCUGCAAUGUUUUUCCUCACAAAAGACCUGUUCCCUUUCCAAUAGUUUGAAGUUGUGGAUACUGUGGUGAAUUUCUUCUUGUUUGCCCUCCUGUAUGAACAAUUGCAGAAUUCCAGGGAUAGAGAGACUCCAUGCAUUAAUGUUCAGGAAGGGCCUAAAAACUCUUCUCUGUGUUGGAAAGCCCAGGGCAGUUUCAUUUUCUUGCAGAAACCGUGUGCUUCUCCUUUCUUUGAGGCUCUUUUCUCACUCGUCAUGGCUCUUCCUCGAAGGAAACCCUCUCAUGAAAUGGCCCCAUUCUCAAAUACCCAAAAAUCCCAGCAGUUCCAAACCAUCGCAACCUACACAUGUGCAGACUCACCCCCCAGAAGAGCUUCUAUCACUUGAUGAGGAGGCGCUACAAACGGAUUCUACCAUCAUCACUAAAAUCUUAAUGCAAUGUUGUUCUGAUGAAACCCAAAUACAAUCCUCCUUAGACGAGCUUCAACUCAAAAUCUCCCCCGAUCUCAUUAACAGAGUCUUCCAGAACUGCAUAUUCUCCUCCAACUCUGCCUAUGCCCUUUUUGUUUGGGCUCAAAAGCAGCCCAACUAUUCACACACCACCGCAGUUCUCAACUCCAUGGUUAAUCUUUUUGGUAGAAUGCGAGAAUUUGAUUCUGCUUGGUUAUUGAUUGAUUCGUUAAAGCCUCUAGUGAAUGCUCAGACAUUCACCAUCCUACUGAGACGCUAUGCUCGUGCUGGACUGCCCCAAGCUGCACUGAGAACUCUAGAUCUCAUACCCCAUUUUGGCCUAACCUUGACCCCUGAUUCUUUGAAUAAUAUCUUGGAUGCCCUUUGCAAGGAAGGGCAGGUUCGAGAGGCUGCGCGCUACUUCGAAGCGAGAAAAUCCAAACUGGCGUUGGCCUCCACUUAUAACAUCCUUCUCCAUGGCUGGUUUCGAUUGAGAAACCUUCGAAAGGCCGAAAGGCUAUGGGAAGAUAUGCAGGUUCGCAAUGUCCCAGCAAGUGUGGUAACUUAUGGAACACUAAUUGAAGGGUACUGUAGAAUGCGUAGGGUUGAGAGGGCACUUGAGUUGCUUGAAGAUAUGAAGUUUCGAGGGAUUGAGCCCAAUGUUAUAACUUAUAACCCGAUUGUGGAUGCCUUGGGAGAGGCCGGAAGGCAUGGAGAUGCCAUGGCUAUGACAGAUAGGAUCUUCACUCUUGGCUUGACCCCCACCAUCUCGACAUAUAAUUCUUUGGUGAAAGGCUUUUCCAAGCAUGGGGAUAUGGUGGGGGCUAGCAAGGUGCUUAAGAUGAUGAUCGGAAGGGGUUGUUUACCGACGCCUACUACCUACAAUUAUUUCUUCAAGUUCUUCUCUCGAGCAGGAAAGAUCGAUGAGGGUAUGAAUCUCUAUACGAAAUUGAUCAAAUCAGGGUAUUCGCUAGACCGACUGAGCUACCAGCUGCUCAUAAAGAUGUUAUGUGAAAAGGGUAGGCUGGAAAUGACUCUGCAAGUUAUUGAGGAUAUGCAUUCGAAAGGAUAUGAUUCAGACCUUGCGACUUCCUCUAUGCUUGUUCAUUUGCUUUGCAAUUUGGGUAAAUUAGAAGAAGCUUGCGAAGAGUUUGAAGGGAUGAUUAACAAGGGAAUUGUGCCUCAGUAUCUGACAUUUCAAAUGCUAGUGGAUGAGGUGAGAAGGUUGGGAUUGGUUGAAAGGGCUCGAAGAUUAACUGAGAUGAUGGAUUCUGUUCCUCAUUCUAAGAAGCUGCCUAAUAGUUAUAAAGGUGGGGAUGUGAAGAAGUCUAUAUUAGAGAAAGCUCAAGGAAUGUGUGAUUUGCUAAAGGUGUGCAAUGACCCCAGGAAGCUUGUCAAGCGUAAGGGUUCUACGGGAAAUGUGGUAGCCGAUGCCAAUCAGAUUAUAUUGGAUAUGAGAAACAGAGUUUGUGGGGUUUAACCAUCUCUAGUUCAAGUUCUAUUUUUUCUUUCAGCCAUACCAUUCUGUUGAGGUGUAUAAGGGAGCGUGUAUUGUUUAAUAAUUCCAUGUUCCUUACAAAAAUUUUCAAACUCAAAUAAAGUAUAUUCUCCACCUA